AUGAAUGUGCUCGCAUGGAACGACGUCAUCUUGUCCUUUCUAAGAAGGGCAAGAUUGGAUCUCAUUAGGCACUUUAAUGGGAUAAAGAUCGACCGCCAACUCAUCACAACAUUGGUGGAGAGAUGGCGAAAGAAGACACAUUGCUUCAACUUUCUUGAAGGCGAGUGCACCAUCACACUUAAGGACAUCGUCAUCCUAACCGAUUUGCCCAUCGAUGGCGAUGUUAUUUGUGUGGACUCUUCUCCACCACCUAAAGUUGUUGCCAAUAUGAGUGGUUGGCAGCAUUUCAUAUGGAGCGCCACGGGGUUGGUACCUCCAGAAAAGGGAGACCAUGAUGCGGAGAGUCAUCCACCAUUGUCCAAGGGACAAGUAUCCAUCACUUGGUUGAUAGCGGAGAUCAGGCGUAAGCACAACGCUGAUGUAGGAGGUCUUCCCCUCACGGAGGAAAGUUCAGAGCGUGAUAAAGACAUUUAUGCACGUGUCUACAUCCUCGGCAUGAUCGGAGGAGUUUUCUUCCAAAAAAAAUCCAACAAUUUAAUAAGCAAUUCAUGGUUGAAGAUCAUCUUUGGUGAUUGGGAUGAUAUGGGGAACCUGAGCUGGGCAUCUGCUUGCCUAGCUCAUAUUUAUCGCUCCCGCCGUUUUCUCCCUCAGAGAUGA